AUGUCACCCUUAUUGGCUGGUUAUUCUUUGCUUUUUCUGCAAACUACUACAGCGACUCUUGCCAGAUAGUUAGGGCCAAACAGCAUCAGAAACUUCUCUGCAAAUCUUAAGCCAGCUGUUAACACCCAGUCUAGGGCACUAAUCGCUGAUUACAACAGCAAAGAACUACUUAUCAUUAAGGAUUCUGAGAGAGUCAAGAACAAACUAAGGCAUUUCCACAAUCAUGGAGGAUUAGAGAACUUAUGCAUUUUAAGUGAUUUCGACUACACCUUGACACGAUAUUCAUUAGAUGGGUAUAAUAAAUUAGAUUCUAGCUUCUCAUGCAUUAGCAAUAGUUAAUUUGUGAGCGAAGAAUUUAGACGCAUCAAUAAUGUUUUGUAUCAGAGAUAUCAUCCUUUUGAGAAGGCCUUGAAUAUCACUGUUGAGGAGAAGGUUGCCAAGCUUUAAGAAUGGUGGGAAUAAGAUUUGGAGCAUAUUACAAAGCAAGACUUGUCUGUAGAGCAUUUCUAUGAUAUGGUUGAGACAUCAAAUUUGCAUUUUAGAAAUGGAAUAGACAUUUUGCUUAAGAAUUGCUCGAAUCUGAAUGUACCUUUAGUGAUUGUGUCAGCUGCAGUUGCUGAUGUUGUAGAAAAAGCAGUUGAUAAACUUUCCAAAAGCAUCAAAAUAGAAUAGCUAGUAAAAGAAUCAUAAAGCAGAAAAAGUUAGGCUCAUCAUUAGCAUGGUAGCACUCAUUUUGGAAUCAAUCCAGAUGUUGUCCAUGUAAUUGCAAAUAAAUCUAAGAAGUGUGAUGAAGGAAAGAAAAUUCUAGGUUUCCAUGAUCCAUUAGUCCACACAUGCAAUAAAGAUUAAGUAGUGCACAAUUACUUCAAGAAUCAUUAGUCUCAGCAAGAAUAGCAGUUGUUAAGAAGAAGGAAUUUGAUCGUUAUGGGAGAUCUUAUUGAUGACAUUAAAAUGGCCAAGCAUCUUCAUUAGAGUGAUGAAGACCUUCUAACGAUUGGGUUUUUCAAUAAUCCAGCCAAGGACGGACAUGAUAUGCUUGUGGAAUAUGAAAAGAACUUUGACAUGGUAAUUGUUAAUGACGGCAACUUGCAUUUCCUCCACUAUUUCUUGACUAGAAUAGCAACUUAGUCUUUAUCUGAGAAUACAAACAUUGCCUAUGCUUCAAAUGAACCAGACUGCUUUAAUUUCUAAUCAGGCGUAACUACUUUGGUUACUGAUACCUCUACUACUGAGAUCUUCACUCAAACAAUUGUUAUUAUUGCUGGUGGAACAUGUAGGCUCACUCAUGAUGGAAGUACAAUGAUAAAUUUUUCUGAUACUAUAAUUGCAAAGUAUGCCAGAUAUGCUGGAGACUCAUGCUCUUUCACAAAUUAUAUAAAUUGCCCUGAAGAUCAAUGGUACAGCGGAAGUGGGUACACCCGUACUUGCUAUGUAGAAACUAUUGUAAAUAAUGGUCCAAGUGCUCAAGGUACAUUCACUAUAUCGCUUAAAAAUGCCAGAUUCCUAGCUUUAUAUGUCGCAGGCUUUGUAGUAACUUUUGCCACUUUUAUGUUCUGA